AUGUAUUCGAGCAGCCAGUCUCCUCAUACUGGCCUCGGAUUUGACUCCAGGCCCGAUCAUGUAUUGGAUAUGGACGCUGCACAUUCUGCCAAGGCUGCUGACGAAGCGUCAGCAACUGCCCUUUGGAAGAUGUAUUCCAAGGCCAAGGCUAGUCUGCCGUACCGGUCGCGGAUGGAGAACCUGACAUGGCGUCUCAUGUACAUCAAUAUUCACAAGAACCGCACCAAGUCACUGUCCUCCGCCCCAGAAAAGACUGCUGAACGGGCCCUGCCGUCGACAAAGGCUACACAGACGCCGCGGCCCUCGGCACCUGCCAGUUCCGAGGCCAGCAACAGCUAUGGUAACUGGCCUCAGUUCCCCGACCUCGACUUUCUGGAAACGAGCCACCACCAGCCGAUCGACCCAAAUUCCAACGAGUUCGACUAUCUAGAGCACAUCAAGUCUAUCGGCGGGCACUCGAGCGCACCGCUGCCCGAGAUGAACUCCUCUCCGUUGCCGAAUUUGCACGUCGACUCCACCGCACAGCCAUACAUGAGCGCCAACCCGUUGGACUUGAGCCAGGCGCCGUUCACGCAGACCGUGGCGUUUGACAACGGGGGAUCGCCGUCGCCUGUCAACUUCGACGCCGUGUCCACAAGCGUGCCCACCUCGCUGAAACACCAUCCGAGCAUGGUCAAUAUACACACCGAUCACGUCACCAACGAUUUCUUAGGCCAGUCGCUCCCCAAUGCCAAUCCUCUCUACUCGCCGUCGCAGUCGUCUAUCACGUCCCGAACGCGCUUCCAGUCGUUCUCGUUCGAUAAGGCGCCGGGCCAGUUUGCGAGAGAUGACUUCAGCUUUGACGUCGACGGCGACAUGAACAUGUUUGACCACUCGCCGCAGGUGCCUGCGGCCACCACUCCCACAAACAUCUCUACACCAGGCGUGCAGCUUGGCACCAAGUUCAGCAACUCGGCUCCCAAGUCGGCGAGACGGUCAUCGGCGGCUGCAAAGCGCAAGGCGCCAGUCAAGCGGAACCCUAGGAGCGCCACUGACGUGGGCUCUCUCACGUCCACCCCGGGCACGCUUCCGAAAAACGGCUCGUUCGCCAACACCCCUACAGGCACCCCUCCUUCGAGCAGCAGCAGCAACGCAGCAUUGGGGAUUGCUGGCGCAGAACAGGGCAGUAUUGCGUGUACGAACUGUCAUACCAAGACCACGCCGCUGUGGCGUCGGAACCCUGAAGGACAGCCUCUUUGCAACGCGUGUGGUCUGUUCCUCAAGCUUCAUGGUGUCGUCCGGCCUCUCUCGCUCAAGACCGAUGUGAUAAAAAAACGCCAGCGGGGAACCACUACGAAGAAGCCCAAAAAGAAAACAGAUGGAGAUGACCUGAACCCAACUCCGAUCGUAUUAAAUAAGGUGAAGACUGCAAGCAGUCCUUCCAAAAGAGAAAACUCGGCACGCGGCCACCAGGAGACAGAGGGCUCCACUAACGAAGAUGCAGAGUUGGGUGGGGGCCUGUAUCAGGGAUCGCAGCCGUCAAACGAUCUGAAGUCUCUUGACUUCGAUUCGAUCUUGAGUCUUGGCCAACAGCCACAAAACCGGCCUCCACAAACUGAGCCCACUAAUGAAGAUCCCUCCUCCCAAAGUUUAGGCACUACUGCUGGUCAAAGUGGCAACAACAAUUGGGACUGGCUUACUAUGUCUCUGUAA